AUGAAUUCAGACGCUUAAGGUUUGAAAAUUGCAUAAAAGUAUUAAGUAGGUUAAUAAUUUGGUUAGGGUUCCUUUGGUUCUAUCCAUUUAGCUACUAAUAUAGAAACAGGAGAAAUAGUAGCUGUCAAAAUGGAAGACAGCAAAACUAAGCAUCCUUAACUUACAUUUGAAGCUAAAAUAUUUAAAGUGUUACAAGGCAAAGCUGGUAUUCCUACUCUUUAUCAUUGUGGUUAAGAAGGUGGCAAAAAUGUUAUGGUAAUUGAUUUGUUAGGGCCUUCAUUAGAAGAUCUUUUCAAUUUGUGCUAAAGAAAGCUCUCUUUAAAGACUGUACUGAUGAUUGUGGACUAAAUGCUACUUAGAAUAGAAACUUUUCACAGUUCUGGCUUUAUACAUAGAGAUAUUAAACCAGAUAACUUCUUGAUAGGACUUGGUAAAAAAUCUAAUUUGCUUUACAUAAUUGAUUAUGGUUUGGGUAAACGUUACCUUGAUUCUAAAACUAAGUAGCAUAUUCCUUAUAGAGAAAAUAAGAAUUUGACAGGUACAGCAAGAUACGCUAGUAUAAAUGCCCACUUAGGUAUUGAGUAAUCAAGAAGAGAUGAUAUGGAGGCUAUUGGUUAUGUCAUAGUGUAUCUUUUAAGAGGAUCACUACCUUGGUAAGGUAUAAAAGCAUAAAAUAAACAAGAAAAAUACAAUAAAAUUAUGGAAAAGAAAAUGUCAACACCAGUAGAAAUGCUUUGCAAAGGAUUACCAAUUGAGUUUUCUACUUACUUAAAUUAUUGCAGAUCAUUAAGGUUUGACGAUAAAAUUGAUUACCUUCAUAUUAGAAAGAUGUUUAAAGAGCUUUUUUAUAGAGAAAAGUAUGACUGGGAUUAUUUAUUUGACUGGUGUCUUCCAAUAGAUUAAUAAGUUAAAUCAUCUUGGAAAAAUAACAAGAUUACUAUCAAUGUUAGUUCUUAAUAGCUAGAAAGGGCAAACAAUCAAGAUAAACUCAAUGCAGAAGAUAAUGACUAAAUACAUUUGACCACAAAUAAUGAUAAUGAUAAAAUGAAUGAAGAAGGCAAACCAAUUAAGUCAGAUUACCUUCAAAACAACGAAGAUGCCCAAAAGGUUGUUUAUCUUUCUGGUUAAGAUAAUAAAUAUGAUGAGAAUAUAAAUGAUUCACAUAUAGCUGAUGCAAAUUAAAUUCAAGAAUUUUAGAAUAAUGUUUAUUUGCCUGUUGAUAUUAAACCUGAAGAACUUUCAAGCGGAUAAAAUUAUAAUUAUAAUUACAAUUAUGAUAUGUAUGCUACUCCUGCAGGAAAUUAUAUGACUCCUGGAAACGGUUUACUUGAUUUAUCUGCUUCUAACUAAUAUGAUCCAAACCAAAUUCAACAGAUGAUAGGCUAAGUUUCAAACAGAUCUGAUGGCAAAAAUAAUUCUAUGAAUUAAAAUCUAGAUAAUACACCUGAAGGUUACAAGCCUGGUCCUGUCCAACUAGAAGAUAUAAAAAGCUAGAAUAUCUAAAAUCACGAUGAAAAAAAUAAUAGCAAUACUGUAGACAAAAGUGGAUAAGAGGCUGUUUUCAACAUGAAUGACUGA